AUGGUCAACAAGGUUAAGAUUGCUAACGUUGAAAUCAAGAACAACCCAAGUCCUUUCACUGAAAACAUUGUAAUGGAUGUUACCGUUGAUUGUAUUGAACAAAUCAAUGCCGAUUUAGAAUUAGAAGUUGUCUAUGUUGGCAACAGCGAGAACGCACAAGGUGAUCAAGUUUUAGAUUCUGCUUGUGUUGGUCCAGUGAAGGUCGGAACCAACAAAUUCACUCUCACUGCUCCUCCACCAAAUAUUCAAAACAUUGCUGCUGCCGACUUGUUGGAUUGUACCGUUCUCUUGCUCAAGGUCUCCUACAAGAACCAAUUAUUCACUCAAGUUGGUUACUUUGUUUCCAAUUAUUACACCGACCCACAACUCCAAGAGAAUCCACCUGCACAACCAGCCGUCGAUAAGUUGAUGAGAAAUUUGAAUGAUACACCAAGAGUUACUACAUUCAGUAUUGACUGGGAUUAA